GUCAACCCGAGGGGACACGACCAAUAUUUGACUCCUAGACACCAAGUGUGAAUGGAAGAGUUAUUUUUCCACACUUGCUAUGACUCUCAGUGACCAGGGGGUGUGCUAAAUGUGAGUCUUAUCCACAAACAACAAACCAGAGAGACAAGGAACAAGAACUGAGGAGACUCACAGAGCUUCACGUCAGAGCAACAGAGGGAAAGCUACCAUUUCUACCAACAAAGAAUCGUUUAAAAAAGGACACAUGAAUUAAUAGAUGCCAGCGUGAACGUCAGAGAACAACAAUUUGAGAAACCUUCACGUCUAAGACAGAAUGCUUUAAAGACGGCAACUCUUAUAGCGCUCCUCCACAAAAGAUAAGAGGCUCUUAUUGAGGUGAUCCCACAGCAAAAGAAACGUCUUCAUUCAAACCAGAAGUAGGGUGACCUUAUCAUGGAUAUUUUCGGAGGGGCUCCUCGAGUUCUGGGUUACCCACGCCCUGUGCUGGCACAGUGUGGCACAGACGCAACACUGAGGUGCCAAAUUGGUGGGGACCCUCGUCCUGAUGUGAUCUGGGAGCGUAAAAACAUCCAGAUCUUGUCUGAAGGACGCUACAAUCUUUCGGAGGAGGGGAAAGCUUACUCUCUAACCAUUACUGGAGUAACUCUGCAGGAUGCUGGCCAGUAUAUUUGCAAGGCCAUAAAUAGCGUAGGUGAAACAUGCGCAGCAGCCUCUCUAAAAGUGGAGGGAGAGGCCCCGCAGGUGAAUGGUAUGCAGCAAGCAAUGAAAGAAAUGGAGAAUUUGGAGGACAUCAGAAUGGAAGACGAGGUUGAUUUAACGUCUGACGAUAAACCACGAUUCCUCAUCAAGCCCCUCUCUUUGCGCGUGGAUCGCGGAGAAGAUGUUGCCUUCUCCUGCAAAAUCUGGGGCACGCCUUUGCCUGAGGUGACGUGGGAGAAAGACGGGAAGAAGCUGAACGAUAUCUUUGAGAGUGCACACUAUAAUAUAAGCAAUCAAGAUGGCAACUGGUUCCAGCUCAAGAUCUACAGGACGCGCAUGCCGGACAAAGGCGUCUACACCUGCAGGGCCGUCAACUGCAACGGCGAGGCCUUGGUCGGUGCCGUCCUCCUUGUUGAGCCUGUACCGGAAAGAGGGGAGAGUAAAAUGUCCUCAAACGGUCAAACUAACAGCCAGUGGUCGCCCAAGCAAAGAAGCGGGAGGCUCAGUCUGUCGAGGGUCAUAGAGGAGCCACCUAUCAGGGCGUCUAAAGCCAAAAAGUUUGCCGUGGCAGAGGGUAAACACGCCAAGUUCCGCUGCCUCGUCACAGGGAAGCCAAAGCCGGAGAUCAUUUGGAAGAAAGAUGGGAUCCCCCUACUACCCGGGAGGCGCCAUCUGAUAUUUGAGGACAGGGAGGGUUACUACACGCUGAAGGUUCUUUACUGCAAAGUGCAAGACACAGGACUGUAUGUGUGUGCAGCAUCAAACGCGCUCGGAAACACCCUCAGCGCUGUUCACCUGUCCGUCAAAGGCCCGGCUGUGCGGUUCAGGCGACCAUUAAGAGACGUGGAGGUAAAUGAGAGGGAUGUCGCUGUGCUGGAGUGUGAGGUACCUGAUGAGUCGCUCCCCUCGGCCUGGUACCUGGAGGACCAGAGGCUGAUGCCCAGCAGUAAAUACGGGAUGGAGCAGAAAGGAACCACACGAAGACUGACCAUCCACGACGUUGGGACGGACGACGAUGGAGUUUACCUCUGUGAGAUGCCGGAUGGAGGGAAGAGCAUUGCAGAGCUAUCUGUUAAAGGUUCUAUUGUUCGUAAACUUCCCCGGAAGCUGGAGGUCCUGGAGGGGGAGAACGCUGUGUUCUGCGUGGAGGUGGAGCGCGACGAUAUGGAGAUCCUCUGGUUCAAAGACAGCUUGAUGCUUCACGAGACUCACCAAACCAUCCUGAAGUCAUUUGGCAAAACGCACAUUCUGGUCUUCGUCAACGUGGCCUAUCAAGACACAGGGGUGGUUACUUUUGUCUCAGGAAGAUCCAAGACUUCAUCACGUCUCAAAGUCAAAGCAACAAGACAUCUUCCCCCCAUCUGCCCUGUGGAAGUCAAAAUGAAUGUGGACGGACUCAACGGCGCCCUGCUCACCUGGGUUACUGCCCCCAACAGCCAGACCUCCACCCGAUCCAUCUUUGUCGUGGAGAGACAGGAAGUGGGCUCCCAAGAGUGGCAGAAGUGUUUUACCUCAGACAGCGCCACUUCAGCGGAUAUCACCAGCGACAGCGUGCCGUGCGAGGGCGACUACCGGUUCCGGGUGUGUUGCAUCAACAAGUACGGGCGAAGCGGCCAUGUGGAGUUUCCCAAAGUUGUCCAUAUAGUUCCUGGGCCAAAGAUCUGCAGUAGGCUCAAAGGUUGUGAGGUUGUGGAAGGAGAAGAUGCUAAGUUCUCCAUCGAAUUGUCUGCACCUAUGGUUGGCACUUGGUUUUUGAACAGCGCUCAACUGCAGCACGCCGGACGGUUUUCAAUACAACAGUCCCAAACGAGGCACUCGUUGGUAAUCUGUGAAGCUCGCGCCGCAGAAGACUCGGCAGAGGUCACGUUCAUAGCCAAUGGAGUCCGGGAUUCAGCUGUGCUCAAAGUUCAACGUAGGUGUCCACAGUCAGACGUUGACUGCAAUAAGAGGGUGGAAACUGGUGACGCCAUUGUACUCUACUGUGAGGUCUCCCACCCUUUCGCAAAAGUAUGCUGGUUCAAAGAUGGCCAGGAGCUGCAAGUGACAGACGGCCUCAACAUCCAAUCAGACGGGAACAUGAGGAGGAUUGUGAUUCAAUCAGCUGAUGCGUCUCGCUCUGGAGUUUACACAUGUGAAACUUCUGGAGAUGUCAUUACAUUCAAUGUGGACGUUGCAGGUCCUUCUGUGGAGUUCAGUCCGAUCCCAGAGGAGGAGCUUCAUAAGAGCAGCAUGGAGCUGGACCCCGUGGUGCUGCUAUGCAAUGUCUCCCAAGACGAUGCCGAAGUCGUGUGGUAUAAGGAUGGCUGUGAGAUCCAGUCCACUGAAAACAUCACUCUGCAGGCAGAGGGAACCAUGAGGAGGCUGAUCAUCCGCUCUGCAGAGACUUCAGACGCUGGCAGCUACACCUGCCAGACAGGAAACAACCGCAUGGAGUUUAGCGUCAAUGUUAGAGAGCCUCCAGUGAUGAUUGUGGAACCUAAGGAUGAUAUAGUGAUGGAGAGCUACAUCUCAGAGGAGAUUCAACUGCAGUGCGAGUUGUCUCGCUCCAGUGGGAGGGUGCGCUGGUAUAAGGAUGGCCAGGAGGUGGAGGAAAGUGACAAUGUAAAGCUGAUAUCUGAAGGUCCUUACAGGAGGCUGACCAUCGUCAACGGCUCAGUGGAGGAUAGCGGAGAGUAUGUUUGUGAAACAGAUGGAGACUCUGUCUUUUUCCAACUUAAUGUCAAGGAGCCCCUGGUAAGAAUCAUUUCCCCAAGUGAACCUGAGGUGGAACUGACACAUUCGGCAUCCGAGAGACUGGAGCUCACCUGUGAGAUCUCUCAUGCGGAUGCCCCAGUCCGGUGGUACAAAGACAGCCUGGAGGUAGAGGAGAGUCCUAACUUGAUCCUGGAGGUGGAUGGGGCCCAACGCCGGCUUGUUAUACCCUUUACAUCUGUGGAUGACGCAGGGGAGUAUAUAUGUGACACAGAAGAUGACUCUGUGUCUUUCCUGGUCACUAUUGACGAGCCGCCAGUGACUCUUACUCGCCCAGAAAACACGCUGGAGAAACUGGAGAGUUUUGCCGGCAAACCAAUCGUGCUGGAGAUUGAAGUGUCGCGGCCAGGUGCCAAAGUGAAGUGGUGGCUAAAUGGCAGAGAAGUAGAGGAGAGCAGUAACAUCGCGAUCACAGAGGAAGGGCUCAUCCAACGUCUGACGAUCCACUCUGCCACCCCAGAGGAUUCUGGGAGAUACACCUGUGACGCUGCUGAUGAUAAAAUAGAUUUUGAGGUCAACGUUUCAGAGCCUCCAGUGAAGAUCCUUAGAAAGUCAGAGAUUAAGAGAAAUCUGAAAUCUCUCAUUUCUGAUGACAUUGUGCUGGAGUGUGAGCUCUCCAGAGCCAAUGCUGUCGCCAAAUGGUACAAGGACAGCUGUCGUGUUGAGGAUGAUGAAAGGUUUUGCCAAGAGGAAGAAGGGGCUUUCCGCUCAUUGGUCAUCCUCGCCGCUGAACUUGGAGACUCAGGAGAGUACUUCCUGGAUGCCGGAGAUGACAAUAUCAGCUUCCAUGUUACAGUCGAAGAGCAUCCAGUGACAAUAAUUGGCAGCUCAAAUGACCCUGACAACCAGGAGAUGGUGGCCGGGGAUGAACUGAUCCUGGCCUGCGAAGUGUCCCGUGCCAACGCCCCUGUCCAGUGGUACUGUAAUGAGAAGUUGCUAACCAGUGACUCCCGGACCUACAUUGAGAGCCAUGGCACUCUGAGGAAAAUUGUCAUCUCAAAUGUCCAACCCUCAGAUUCUGGGAAAUACGUGUGUGACGCUGUGAAUGACAAGAUGAUCAGCGCUGUUAAGAUUCAAGAACCUCCAGUUACGUUUGUGAACAAGGAGGAUGACAUUGUAGUGACAGGUUACGAAGCAGAGAGCGUGACUUUGACAAGCUACGUUUCCAAGGAAAGCGCAAUGGUACGUUGGAUGAAGGACUGGACGACUGUUGAAGGUGAGCGUACCCAAGCUCUCAUGGAGGGCCAUAAGCGCACCCUCACAAUCGAUCCUUUGAGACGCUCUGAUGCUGGCGAGUACACAUGUGAUGUCAACACAGACCAGCUCCGCUUCAGCCUGCUGGUGAAAGAAAUGAGGAUAAAGUUUGUGAUGCCACUUCGAGAUACGGUGGCCCACGCAGACGGUAUGGUGACCCUUCGCUGUGAGGUGUGCAAGCCAAAAGCAGAUGUGCAGUGGCUGAGGAAUGGUGUGGAGGUGGUUCCAAGCAGGAGGUUCACUAUUCGGGCGGAUGGAGUAGAGAGAAGCCUGACCAUCCACCGUUUAACCAAAGAGGAUGCCGGAGAGUAUGCCUGUGAGUCCAAAGAUGACCGGAGCACGGCAAUGCUGAGAGUAGAGAUGCCACGAGUAGUGGAGUUCCUCACAGAGCUCCACAACACCACUGUGCUCGAAGGAGAAGAUGCUACUUUCAAGUGUGUGGUUUCCCCUGAGGAUGUUCAGCUGGUCUGGCUCUUAGACAAUGAACCAGUCACCAUGGGUGAUCGUUUCCAGGCAAAUCGGAACGGCCUGUGCCACACCUUGGUCAUCAAGAAGUGCCAGAUUUUAGACUGUUCCAAGAUUACAGCCGAGGCGGAGGGACAAAUAAGCAAAGCCAGCCUCAAAGUUCAGGAGGCUCAGGUCAUGUUUACGAAAAAAAUGGAUGCUGUCAUGGCGGAAGAGUUUGGAGACGCCACCUUGGAGACAGAGAUCAGCCUUGAGACGGGAGAGGUUCAGUGGAUGAGGCAAGGAGUGGUCAUUCAGCCUGGUCCCCGACACACGCUGGCCCAGAACGGCUGUAAACGCAGUCUCACCAUACAAAACCUGAACCUGUCAGACAGGGGAACCUACCGCUGCGAGACUCUGCAUGACCGGACGCAGGUCAAGCUCAAUGUAGAACCACGCAACAUCACCAUCCGUAAAGGCCUGACUGACCAAGAAACCUUAGAACGAGAGACUGCUUCCUUUGAGGUGGAGCUAUCCCACACAGAUGUGGAGGGAAUCUGGCAGAAGGAUGGCAUCAGGGUGAAAGCGAACAACCAGUGGAGGGUGAGCACUAAUGGCCUGGUCCAUAGCCUCACCCUGUCGAACCUCACUCUGGAGGACACAGGCACUAUUGCCUUCACAGCCGAAGGGGCGCGCACCACGGCUAGGCUCACCAUCAAAGAGACUCCGGUGUCUUUUCUGAAAACGCUUACUGAUGUCAGUGUGGAGGAAGACCUUCCAGUCACUCUGGAGUGUGAAUUCUCCAGACAAAACGUCGAAAUCAGAUGGCUUAAGGACGGGAAGGAGCUGAAGGCGGGGAAAAACUGUCGAAUCUACUCCAUGGGCCGGAAGCGGUUCUGUCAGAUCCUGCAGUGCUCCCGGGCUGACUCUGGCACCUACACAUGUGACACGGGGGAAAUCAACACUUCCUGUUCACUGGAGGUUUAUGAGCAUAAAUUGGAGAUAGUGCACAAUCUGGAGGACCUUUUCAUUCAGGAGGACCAGAAUGCUGUCUUCAUGUGUGAGGUUUCUCUUGAGGAUGUCACUGGGGAGUGGUUCAAAGAAGGCCACAAGAUCCGUUCCACAAGCACCAUCAAGAUCCGCACUGAAGGGACCAAACACUUCCUUCUGAUGUGUAACGUCAAAGCUGAGGAUGCCGGGGAAGUCCGCUUUGUAGCCAAGGAUGUUGAAUCUACAGCUUACCUUGAAGUAGAAGAACUCCCUGUUUCUAUUGUGAAACCCCUGCGAGAUCGAACGGCCCUGGAGAAACACCGGGUGAUCCUUGAAUGCACCGUUUCCACGCCUCGCUCCAGUGCAACCUGGUACAAGGGCAGGGAGGAGCUGGUUUCCUCUGACCGGAUUGAGAUCCUGGCUGACGGCUGCUCACACAAACUGGUGAUCCAGCAGGUGGCUGUGGAGGAUGAGGGCGCCUACACCAUUGAGGUCGGGGAGCACACGUCCAAAGCCAAACUGAUGGUGGAAGCCCAAGCCCUUGUAAUGGUGAAAGAGCUAGAGGAGGAGGAGGUAACCGAGCCUGAGGCUGCAUCUUUCCAGUGUGAGGUGUCUGUAGACAUAAACAAGGCUCCUCUAUGGACUUUGAAUGGAGAGACCCUUCAGACGGGCCCCUCUGUCCGCCUGGAAAGCCACGGGACGGUCCACAAACUCACCCUGAAAAACACCAGUGUGGACAUGAGUGGGGUAGUCAAGUUUACCUUGGGCAAGGCCAAGAGCAGUGCCACACUCACUGUAAUGGAAAAGUAGAAGAGAGAGAAAAGAAAGUGACUCUGAGAGAAAGAAACUGACUGGAAAAUGGGAAACUUUCAUGCCAGCUAAAACUUUUAAAAGUCCAUUUGUCAUGUUUAAUAGUUUGAAUUUCCCUGUUAUGACUGUAAUUCAAAUUGAUGGUAUUCAGUCAAGUUACUAUUUUGAACUUGAGGCAUGUCAAGUUAUUCCUUUUUUACCAUGUAGAUGCUAUUUAUUUGCCUGAUUUUCAAUUGACUUUACAUUCUUGUAUUCUGAUAGAACUCCUCAAAAUAAAACAGCAAUUAACAGUGGUUAAUAACGUGGUUCAAACACAUGUCAUAUCUGGUUUCUGAGUAUUCCAUUAAAUGCACUGGCACCAGUUUUCGAAUAUCAAUGCUCAAUAAACUGCGUUGUAUUGCAAUUCAA